AUGCCUAAAUCAGCAUCGCAUCGUUAUCCAACUGAUAAAUCGUCACCAUUAUAUCUUCGACCAAGAAAAUUAUUUGUUGAUGAUGACACUGCUGAUAAUGAUCUCACUAUACGGAAUUCGAAAUCUUCGAAUCAUAUCAUAACAACAGCAUUGGCCCGCUUAACAACACGCACACCACCAUCGUCAUCCUCUCAUCACACAGUUGUUAUUCGAACAACAGUACAGCAAACGCCAUUAUCUGCAAAUAGAAAACUACAAAUGAUCGAUGUUAAUGUUUGCCAACAAGAAAAUCAUCUUUCAAUCAAGCGUAUCAAACGACAGGCAGUAAACACUUGCUCACCAAUAUUCAACAAGUCAACACCGGUGCCAGUUCGUCGAGAAUGUAAUGUCAAUCCGUUUAUGACAUUGAACUCAACAAAUGAAAGUAAACCACAGAAAAGAAAACGUUCAUCACUAAAGCAAAUAGUGUUCGAUGAAGAAAAUCUCGAAGAAAACUAUCGAAGAAAAAAGCGAUUAGCUUUAAAACAAUGCAAUGUUCAUCGUUUCAAUGAAGAGUUUCAUACCCAAUCACUGUUAGGUUCUGGUGAAUUCGGUAAUGUCUAUCUAUGCGUCAAUCGUCUCGAUGGUUGUGCAUAUGCGAUAAAAAAAUCCAAGCGUCCAAUCGCCGGUAGCUCAUUUGAAAUGCUCGCUUGGAAAGAAGUGUGUGCUCAAGCUGUGCUUAAACAUCCCAAUAUUCUUCAAUACUACUCAGCAUGGGCAGAAGACGAUCAUAUGUACAUUCAAAGCGAAUUUUGCAAUGGAGGAAAUCUAGCUGAACGUAUACGUGACAAUCAUCAUCGACAUUGUUACAUGGAAGAAAGGGUUCUCCGCAAAAUCCUAUUACAUAUCGCUAAUGGUCUAGCGUUUAUUCACUCGAAAAACUUAGUCCACUUAGAUAUUAAACCGGACAAUAUAUUUAUUUCAAUCAACGAAGAAUUAACGACAGAGAAGAAUGUUACGUAUAAAAUUGGUGACUUAGGACAUGUGACAGAUAUUUAUGAUCCAUUUGUGGAAGAAGGCGAUUCAAGAUAUCUAGCAAGAGAAGUUCUGCAACAAAAGCAUCAAUGUCUACCAAAAGCGGAUAUCUUCUCGUUAGCAUUAACGAUAUACGCAGCGGGCACAAAUACUACACUUCCGAAGAAUAGCGAUGAGUGGGAUCGAAUACGUGAUGGGAAAUUACCGGCGAUAAAACACUGUUCAGACGCAUUCAACGGAUUACUUCUCGCAAUGAUCAAACCUGAUGUCAGCGAACGGCCAUCUUCAUCUGACCUAGCUGAACAUCCUGUUGUCUCGCCUGUUGGUGAGCGUACUAAAACUGAACUGUUUGAUGAAUUACAAGAAGAACAAAGAAAGAAUUCUGUUUUAACAAAGAAACUUCUCGAUUACAUGCUAUUGGCCAAUGAACUUGAACGUGUUUGCUCACAAAUCCGUGCUGUUGACAUGAACAAAUCUCCUCCACAAACCUUAUCUUUACAACGUUCAAGUAGUGUUAGCGAUGUUCGACUAACAUCAGUGGUAUAG